AAACCUCAGAACAGCCAUUGCGCUUCUCCACCGCGGCAAUGGCAUCCAAAAUCGCCCCCUUCGUCUUCAGGUCCGCCUUCCGAUCAUCCCGUGUAGCUUCGCGCUCCCAGUGGCGGACAUUUACGGCCAGCACAAGAGCUUCCAGCGACGUCCUGCACGUUCAUCGCGAUACCCCCGAUAACAAUCCCAACAUUCCAUUCAAGUUCACGGAACAGAACGAAAAGCUCAUCAAUGAGAUCCUGAAGCGAUACCCCCCACAAUACAAGAAAGCAGCUGUGAUGCCACUGCUGGAUCUCGGACAAAGACAACAUGGCUUUACUAGUUUGAGCGUCAUGAACGAGGUGGCUAGAAUCCUGGAGAUGCCACCAAUGCGUGUGUAUGAAGUUGCGACUUUCUACACCAUGUACAACCGCACACCUGUUGGAAAGUUCCAUUUGCAACUGUGCACAACGACGCCCUGCCAGCUUGGAGGUUGCGGCAGCGACGCAAUCGUGAAGGCGAUUUCCGAGAACCUUGGUAUCAAGGUCGGCGAGACAACUCCUGACGGCCUCUUCACCUUCUCCGAAGCUGAAUGCUUAGGCGCGUGUGUCAACGCCCCAAUGAUCCAAAUCAACGAUGAUUACUACGAAGACCUAACACCCGAAUCCAUCGUCACAUUGCUGGAUGCCUUGCGAGCAAGCGCGAAGGAUGUCGAGGCUGGCAAGGAGGCCAAGAUCCCAGCCCCCGGCCCAAUGAGCGGAAGGAAGACAUGCGAGAACAGCAACGGAUUGACUUCUUUGACGGAAGAGCCAUGGGGUCCGGAAGUCUUCCGCAAGGACCUGUAG